AUGGAUUGGUUUGGAAGUUUUUGGCGGCCGCUGAAGGUCGACGAAUUUGAAGCGAUAACGGGACAGAUGCCGUUGGAGUCGUGGAAGCGUCGGAGGCAGUGGCGCUCUUUCACAAGUCAAGUCGUGAGUUCUGGCACGAAGUUGUGGUUCGACCCCGCACUGUGGACUUGGAUUCGUUGUGAAAGAAAAUUAUACACUCUCUACACUCCGACGCUGCCGAGGCUGACCACCUUCGGCGACGAGUUGUUCCGCUGGAACGCGAACCCCGGCGCGGGCUCGGAUUUGAACGCACGCGUGGAAACGGCCCCGGGUGCGGAGCUGCAAGAAAAAAACGCACCGAGUCGUGGAGCGAGGUUUGACUACGAUGCAUACUGCAAGCUGCGGAGUACGUUGUCGGAGACGGGGUGGAUGAGUCUGCGACGAGUAACACCGGCUGCCUUCGAUAAGUGUAACCUGGCGUACGUGGAAGCAGGCGCGGCGAUUUCAGAAUGUUUAGAAGAACCGUACGGCACGGUGGACCCGCAGGUGCGCAGUUCGGUGGCCCAGAAGUUGGGAUGCGGGUUGAAGUCGGUGCGGCUGCGGAAUUGGCUGACGGGGUGUUUGCUGCAACAUGCUGAAGGUUCACUGACUGACCUGGCGGUGUUUUGCGCUCACGUUCUCAAAUUCGCGCCACGCACAACCAGAGGCACUAUGCCUUCGAAGGGCCAUGAUCCGGUCGCGGUUGCGAAUGCGCAUCUUGAGGCCGGCCUCCGCUGCAAAAAGCUCGACUGUCUACGUCAUGGAUAUCUCAAGUUCGGCGAGUACGCGAGGCGCUUUGACUCCGGCGACGAAACGCGGUUGGAACUCUGGAAGCGACGGCUUGCGAACCAGCCGACCGUUUCCGUGAGUUCCUUCGGCGAAAUGCAGCAGCCAAACAACGACAAAUGUCUUAAGGACUUGAUGGAUCCAGGAGAACAUGCAGAUCCCCCCGCAACCGACGGGUGUGAAGGCGGGACGGAUCGAGUCGCAGUGGACUCGCCUGACGCUGUUAGAGAGUCGCGUACGCGGGACUCAAUUUCGGGGUCCGUGCCUCCGCAGCCGAAGGCGACUACAGAAGCGUUCUCCCGCUUACCGAUCCGUGACCCCCACACCUUCUCAGAGCACCGCGGACCCCCCGAGUUCGACAUAGUAACAAGUCGGUACAAAGAGACUUCUGACCUGGGAAGCGAAUUGAGAACCGAAAGCAUGUCUGGUGACGAAGAAAGCGCGGCCAAAAGGCGUCGCACGGAUGACCGCGCAGAUGGCGGUUCGAAUCUCGGUGCUGGCCCUGAAAGCCAACACGGAAAUGCCUCCGAAGUUCAUUACGAGGAUGCCGAAAAACAAGGGCCUACCCGGUGGAGAGAGUGGCUGAACACGCCUGAGGUCCAAGCGCUGGCGGAGUCACCAGCCUUGAACUACAUUGCUAUCAAUUAUUGGUCGCAGCUGUCCCGUUGUCUUGAGGAGCUGGGGGGCGAAGAAAGUCUGUUGGGGAGAAACUAG